AUGAACCAAGCUCUACAUGACGACCUGCAAGCGCUUGCUAUUUCUGAUGUGGGGCUGCUGGCAGAUGUGGUCCUGCGAGGGAGGAAUGGCGAUGUGCCUGCCCACUUGGCUUUACUGGAGGUGCGAUGUCCGCAACUCGCCGAGAAGGCGGUGAAGGAGCCAGGUGGAUCCGUUUGGAGCAUCUCCCUGCCGGAUGCAAGCGCAGAGGCACUCCGGCACCUGCUGCUCUACCUUUACACGGACGGCCUCCCUCCGUCUCUUGGCGAGAACCCAGCCCCGGUGUUGGAGCUACUUACAGUUGCAGCAAGCUUGAGCCGGGAUCCUCCCCAUGCAGUGUCAGGAGAAAGCAGAAACAAGAAGAUCAGGUUAGAAGACAGCACAUGCGAGAUGAGACGUCUGUGGACUUUAUGCGAGCAGCACAUGUGCAAUUCUAUGACAGAUCAGACCGUGGUGGAAGUGCUACAGGCAGCCGUCAGGAUCGGCUCGAAGAAGCUCGAAGACGGUGUCUACAAAUUUCUCAAGAUGCGAGGAAGUGACUUGAUAAGGUCCGUGCUUUUCAACCAGUCACUGGUUGCUGCCUUGGGUAGUGAGCAUCCAGAAGCUGUAGCACGUGCAGUUUCUGCAGCCGCUGGCGCCGCAGUUGAAGUUGUGCCAAGCCAUGCUUCGCAGCUCAUUGCGGUGCCACCUUCGAAGUUGCUGCAGCAUCUCGGCGUGCUCUUCGAAUCCAGUCGCGACGCGGAUGGCACACCGCUGGACCUCGAUUCGAGAAUUGACUGCCGGGUCUGCUGCGGAGAGCUGGUGACAUCUCAGUUUGCUUCGCACCGCUGCGUCCUCGCGGCACGGUCUGCCUAUUUUGCAAAAAUGUUAACGACUUCUAUGAGGGAAAGCUCCAGCGGAAAAGUACCCAUCACACUUCCAGUGGGCCCAAGUUCUGCUGCGGUAAAGGCUUUCCUUCGGUAUUUGUAUAUGGGCUCAUUCCCAGAAGAAGUGGACGGCCAACAGUUGACCACAUGCGAUUGGGUUGACGUGCUGGCCAUCGUGGAUGGGCCAGGUGGCUGCAACUUUCUUCAGCUGUGUGAUAAGGCUCACACCGAAGUCCGCGAACUGGUGCUGGCGAGCCUUGCAACCCCAAAGCAGGGUGAUAGCUCCAUGAUGUUCCUGCGCAGGUCGAUGGCCCAAAAGUGCAUUCAUUUGCAGACCCUAGCUUUCAACGUAGCUUUGCAGACGUGUGCGGCCGAGCAUGACAACCUGGGAUCUUUCAAAGCUUGCUUCCAAACGGCAGCGGAACAGGAGUGGUGGACGCCGGCCAUGGAGCAGGAGCUGUUGGUCGAACUUCUUUGGCGACGGUGCACGACACCCACCGGAUACCAGCCAAAGCCUCUGACUAAGGAGCAAAUGGAAGCACGCCGGGAGGAAGAGGCCAACUUCGCCCUGAAGAAUAACCGCAGACACAGUGAGGUGUGGUACCUGCUCUGCGUGCACUGGCUGCGAUCCUGGAAAGAUUUCCUAUUGCGCGGAUGUCAGCCUCCUGGUCCGAUCAGCAACCACCACCUGGUGGACGCUUCUGGGAGCCCUCUUCCCCAUAUAAAGCAGGGUGAUGACUAUGGUAAAGCCUGCCCUGCUUUGUGGAGUUAUUUGCAGUCACGCUAUGGAGGUGGUGUGCAGGUGAAGCUGGAUGACGGGACCAUCAUCAAGGUGGAGAUCUUGGCGACCAUCAAGUUCAAUUCCACUCGGAAGCGCUCUUCGGUCAUCGCCCGCUACAAG